CCCAUAAUGAUAAUAAAGCUACAAUGGGCUCAUGUCAAAUAAUAUCUCUACCGUGAACCACAGAGUAAAAACACGCUUAAAAAGAGACAUCCAGUUCAGGUAUAAAAGCUAUCUUGAUAAGUUCACAUGUUCAACUACUCUGAUGUGUUCAGUUCUGCGAAAAUACCCCGUAUCGAAGUUGUCACGGAGGUUACAUAAUCUUAACAUCUAUACAUUUUAAAGUUACUCGAUCAUUAGAAAAAUAGUUCAAUUAUAUACCUAUACCGAUAUCUAUUUUUACUUAAUCCAACUGCAAGGCCCAAGACACUGGUUACAAGAUUCAAUACGAGGAUAAG